CAUCCAUACGAGCGAAAGCCAUUCGCAAGAUGCCAAUUUUAUAAAACUAAAAAACUCCCUCUCUCUCUUUCCGUUCAUCUCUCAGAGUCACGCAGAAAGCCUCCCGAGGGCCGAGUCUUCACGUUUCGGUUAGAUUAGAGCAUAGAAUUCGGUGAAAAUACGUAACCGACACCUCACAGGGAUCGAGACACGCUUUGUUCUCUUUCUCCUCGUUGUUUUAUAUAUAUAUCUGUGAUUGUGGGAGUUCUGCUUGUCAGUCUGCCUGUCUCUCUGUUCAGUGUACUAUCUCUCUCUGCAGCUAAAUAGGAUAGCAAGGAUGUUGGAGAAGAUGGAGGGUCUUAAUACAGAGAAACUAAUCGAGGAAUUUGAGGAAAUGACUAAGGAUGCUGAGAGGGUUCAAAGAGAAACCCUGAAGAAGAUUUUGGAAGAUAAUGCAUCCACAGAGUACCUACAGAAUCUGGGUCUUAAGGGGAGAACUGACCCAGAUAGUUUCAAGUCUUGUGUUCCUCUUGUGACUCACAAGGAUUUGGAGCAUUAUAUUCGUAGAAUUGGUGAUGGUGAAUCUACGCCCGUUCUUACUGGAAGGCCGAUAACCACCAUAUCUUUGAGCUCUGGUACUACUCAAGGAAAGCCCAAGUUCGUUCCCUUCAAUGAUGAAUUGAUGGAAACCACCUUGCAGACACUUCAUACUUCGUUUGCAUUCAGAAACAGGGAAUAUCCUAUUAUUCACAAUGGGAAGGCCUUACAAUUCAUCUACAGCAGCAAGCAAAUUAAAACAAAAGGGGGUUUGUUUGCAGGAACUGCUACUACAAAUCUCUUUCGCAAUCCAAAGUACAAAGAUGGAAUGAAGGCAAUUCAGUCGCUGAGCUGCAGUCCAGACGAAGUAAUAUUUGGUGCUGAUUUUCACCAGUCAUUGUACUGUCACCUCUUAUGUGGAAUAAUAUUUCGAGAAGAAAUCCAAUUUGUUGCCUCCACAUUUGCCCACAGCAUCGUCCAUGCUUUCCGUACUUUUGAACUAGUCUGGGAAGAGUUACUCGCUGAUAUACGAGAUGGUGUCCUCUCUAGCAAAGUCACUGAUGCUUCCAUUCGAAAUGUUAUGGCCAAAUUGCUUAAGCCAAAUCCUGGAUUGGCCGAUUUAAUCCGUCAAAAGUGUUUAGCGCUCACUAAUUGGUAUGGUUUAGUACCAGAACUUUUUCCCAAUGUGAAGUACAUCUAUGGGAUAAUGACUGGGUCAAUGGAGCCUUAUCUCAAGAAACUGAGGCAAUAUGCAGGGGUAGUGCCCUUAGUUUGUGCUGAUUAUGGCUCUUCAGAAGGCUGGAUUGGAGCAAACGUGAACCCAAAACUGUCACCAGAGUUUGCCACCUAUGCUGUUCUUCCAAAUAUUGGAUAUUUUGAAUUCAUUCCCCUAAGGGAGAGUGUUAAGGGUCAGGAUGAUAUAAGCGAGUCUGCUUUCCUCUAUAUGGAGAAGAAGCCAGUGGGUCUUACCGAAGUCAAGGUUGGAGAAGAAUACGAGGUUGUCCUCACCAAUGGUGCAGGCUUGUACAGGUACAGGCUAGGAGAUGUGGUGAAAGUUGCGGGCUUCCAUAACUCCACUCCAGAACUCAAAUUUGUCUACAGGAGGAACCUUGUGUUGACCAUCAACAUCGACAAAAAUACAGAGAACGACUUACAGUUGGCCGUUGCAGAAGCUGCCAAGAUUUUAACUGAUCAGAAACUAGAGGUGGUUGAUUUCAGUAGCCAUGUUGAUUUAUCAACAGAACCUGGCCAUUACGUGAUCUUCUGGGAAGUUAAUGGCAAUGCAAGUGAGGAGGUCUUGAAGCAGUGUUGCAAUUGCCUUGACCGGUCUUUCAUCGAUGCCGGCUAUGUCAGCUCGCGAAAGGUAAAUACCAUAGGACCACUUGAGCUUCGGAUUGUACAGAGAGGAACCUUCCAGAAGGUUCUCGACCAUUUCCUAGGAUUAGGAGGUGCCGUUAGCCAGUUUAAGACACCCAGAUGCCUAGGACCCAAUAACAACACAGUCCUGCAAAUCUUGUUGAACAAUGUGGCUAAGAGCUACUUCAGUACUGCUUUUGUGUGAAUAUUAGAGAGUCUGCAUGUUCAUAAUGACUCCUUAUGUUGUAGGGUUAAUUCAGCAAUGGAAAGUUUUAUAUUUAUGAUAAAA